AUGACACAAAAGUCAUUUGUUCGUCUUAAUGAGAUAUCUAAAACUAUAUGGCAUAUAUUACUAAAUCGUCCAGCAUAUCAUAAUGCUUUUAAUACAGAAUUAGCACAUGAAUUAAUAGAUCAAUGUCAUCGUAUUCAGACAUCGAAUGAUAAGCGAGCAGCUGUAAUUGUUUCUGGUCAAGGACGUUCAUUUUGUUCAGGUGCAGAUCUUAAAGAACGUCAAUCAAUAACAAAUUCAAAAAAAUGGAUGGAACAACAUCAUAUCUAUGAACGUAUGUUUAAUUCGUUAGCAGAAUUAAAACAACCAACAAUUGCUUGUGUCGAAGGAUUUGCUUUAGCUGGUGGAUUUGAAUUAGCUCUGAAUUGUGAUAUGAUCAUUGCAUCUCGUUCAGCAUCAUUUGGAUUGCCAGAAGUAACUCGUGGUAUUAUGCCAGGUGGUGGUGGAACUCAAUUACUUGCUCGUCUUAUUGGUCCAGCACGAGCUAAACAUAUUGCUAUUACUGGACGACGAAUAAACGCUCAAGAAGCUUUUGAUAUGGGUAUUGUUCAAGUAUUAACUGAUGAUGGUGAAGCAUUGAAUAAAGGAAUUGAAUUAGCAAAGACUAUUGCUGAUAAUGCUCCAUUGGCUACACGAGCUAUAAAACAAGCCAUUGAUGAAGGAUGGGGUAAAGAUAAUAAUGAAGCUAAAACAAUUGAAUUGAAAUAUUAUGAAACAUUAAUUGAUACGGAAGAUCGUCAUGAAGGUAUUCGAGCGUUUAAUGAAAAACGAAAAGCACAAUGGAAAGGAAAUUAA